CCGCAGGUUCCACCUCUCCGCGACCAGGGGCCACCUGGACUGUCUCAAUCUCAUCCUGGGCCACAGCGUUGACCUCACAGCCACCGAUGCCACCGGUGAGAGAAAGUCAGAUGUGGUUCAUGGUUAUACAUUUACAUGUUAGUCAUUUUAGCAGACGCUCUUAUCCAGAGCCACUUGCAGUAGUGAGUGCACACAUUUUCGUGCUGAUCCCCCGUAGGAAUCGAACCCACAACCCUGGUGUUGCAAGCACCUAUACAUAGUGUGGUACAGAACAGUCCAUAGGAGAGCAUUAAAUCAAUAGCCUGAUUUGUUUCCACCAAGCCCAUCUUUGGUGAAAUCUUUCUAAGGGAUGGUUUUAGUAUUGGUCCACACUGCUAGGACCAAUGCUAGGGUGAGGUGGAGAGGAAGUCUCACCAUAUGAAAUACAGAGAAUUGUUCUUAAUCAUUUCACUGAAGGAGAUGCAUUUAUUCAUUAUGGAAAGGAUAAUUGGAUGACGCAUGCAGCAACAGCCUCCUAUUAGCUGUGAAUAAUGAACUAGAGUGAACUGAAUUAACCAUGGACAUGUUGAAUAGAUUAUAUACUUUUUUUUGUAGGAUUUAAUUUUUAAAAAAAAUAUGUGUUGGAUGUUUUUAAAAGAACCACAUUAUGCAAGCAUCCUGUGGGAUAUGAAAGUUUCAAACAAUUUCAUUGAUUUUUACUGAGUUACAGUUCAUAUGAGGAAAUCAGUCAAUCGAAAUUAGUAUAUUAGGCCCUAAUCGUUGGAUUUCACAUGACUGAGAAUACAGAUAUGCAUCUGUUGGUCACCGAUACCUUAAAAAAUGGGCCUCAGGAUCUCGUCACUGUAUUUUUGUGCAUUCAAAUUGCCAUCGAUAAAAUGCAGUUGUGUCCGUUGCCUGUAACUUAUGCCUGCCCAUACCAUAACUCCACCGCCACCAUGGGGCACUCUGUUCACAACAUUGACAUCUGCAAACUGCUCGCCCACACAACGCCAUAUGCGUGGUCUGUGGUUGUGAGACCGGUAGAACGUACUGCCAAUUUCUCUAAAAUGAUGUUGGAAGCGGCUUAGAGAAAAUUAACAUUAAGUUCUCUGGCAACAGCUCUGGUGGACAUUCCUGCAGUCAGCGUGCCAAUUGCACGCUCCCUCAACUUCAGACAUCUGUGUUAUGUGACAAAACUGUACAUUUUAGUGGCCUUUUACUGUUCCCAGCACAAGGUGCACCUGUGUAAUGAUCAUGCUCUUUAAUCAGCUUCUUGAUAUGUCAUACCUGUCAGGUGGAUGGAUUAUUUUGGCAAAGGAUAAAUGCUCACUAACAGGGAUGUAAACACAUUUGUACCCCAAAAUUGACAGAAAUAAGCUUUUUGUGUGUAUGGAACAUUUCUGGGAUCUUUUUAUUUCAGCUCAUGAAACAUGGGACCAACACUUUACAUGUUGCGUUUAUAUUUUAGUUCAGUGUACUUCCCCAGAGUCAGAUGAACUUGUGGAUACCAUGUUUAUUUCUCUGUCAGCAUUGCGCUAACGCUAGUUAGGAGUCUUGCAAAACUACCUCUUAACUUCCUUCAUAAUGGACACAGACAUAAACAUUGUAUCCAAUAGUUCAUCUGACUCUGGGGAAGUAGAUAAAUGCCAAAAUCCCAAAGUAUCCCUUUAACAUGCUGCAAUUUAGCCACUUUUAUAUUUUUGUUCAGUGUAUAUUAUGGAAGAUAUUGAGUUUGUGCAUGAGCUGACCUCUGACCUCUUGAGACUUUUUCUUACAGGUAAAAAUGCCCUUCAUCUAGCUUCCAGAAAUGGCCAGUCGCUUUGUGUGCAGAAGCUAUUGCAGGUACAGUCCCUUAAAACAACUGCCUCCGUUCGCAUUAACUUACCUGCGUGAUCUGUGCAUUAUGAAAUGUAUAUCUGAACUAAAUGUGCUGCAACAUGUACUUCGAGGCUUAGUUGCCAGGUGUCAGAGGUGGUUUUGGGGACACAGAUUAAGCCUAGUCCUGGACUAAAAAGCAUACACAAUGGACAUUCACCAUUGGAAGUUAAGAUCUGUUACGAUUAAUUACGAUACACUACAUGACUAAAAGUAUGUGGACACCCUUCCAAAUUAGUGGAUUCAGCAAUUUCAGCCACACCCGUUGCUGACAGGUGUAUAAAAUAGAGCGCACAGCCAUGCAAUCUCCAUAGACAAACAUUGGCAGUAGAAUUUCCCGUACUGAAGAGCUCGGUGACAUUCAAUGUGGCACCGUCAUAGGAUGCCAACUUUCAGUGCCCGACCUCACUAAUGUUCUUGUGGCUGAAUGGAAGCAAGUGCCCACAGCAAUGUUCCAACAUCUAGUGGAAAGCCUUCCCAGAAGAGUGGAGGCUGUUAUAGCAGCAAAGGAGGGACCAACUCCAUAUUAAUGCCCAUGAUUUUGGAGUGAGAUGUUUGACAAGCAGGCGUCCACAUACUUUUGGCCAUGUAGUGUACAUGUCUUGGAAACCGGUCCAUAAUGUUCAAGGUGUAUUACCAAUACUUUUCUCUCAGUUCUUUGAGGAAUUACAUUUUGUUGCUUUACUCGCCAGACAACAGCUGCAGUGAUAUUGAAACGUGUUUGAAAUAUAUUUCAUCUGUUUACAGUAAGACUAAAUUGUGCCAUUGUAGGGUGUAUGGUUGUUUGAGAACGCAGUUUUUGUUUGGCAUCGCACUACCCGCUUAUUUUUAAUCUGCCUCUCUUAAAACGCCAACAGUAGCCCCUGAUAAGGCAACAGUAGCAGCCUGUUGAGUUGCAAUGGCCCAAAUUAAUUUGUGUGUUUUACAAUAAGGCCCUGUGUUCAAACCAGCCACCGGCCACAUUAAGUGCCGCUAGCGUGUAGCCCCCCUGAAAGGAAUGGCAGCUUACCAGCGGGGGUGUUGGUCGUGUUGACAAGGCUGCCCUCUCGCAAACCAUGCCGUCCAUUUUUUUCUGCCGUCAUCGCGCUCGACAUAGCAACCCAACGCCCGGGCCGAGGGGAAAAUCCUACUUGGCUCCUGACCCCCACUAGAGGUAUAGGAUUCCCUGCCCCCCCCAACCCCUCCUUAGCUGUUAUCUGACCUGGCUACUCGUUUUGGGACCUUGUUGCUAGAGAGAGCAGGGUGUUUCUAUUGGCCCCUGAGAAGGUCUGAGCUAGUAGACCUUAAAGGCCUGCUGUUGGCAUUGAGCCUUGAAAACAGCUCUCAUAGCUAUCAAUGCUACAGCAGUAUUGUCAGCGACUGACUGACUGACUGUCUCUGUCUGUGUGAGAUGAUAUCACGGUGGAACACUACGUUGAUAGCUUUACGUGUCCCUGCUGCAGAGACUUCUCCAAUUGGAGACGCAGACGCCGGGAAGAUUCUGUCACUUUGACGCAUCUCAAAGUCAGGCCUCAGACGGGAUUGAAACAAGUGCCACAUUGUGAAAGGACGAUGCUUCCGUCUCGUUGUAUAGCUAAGCUAUACCAAAUCAUUUCUCCCCUGAAUGCUGCCACCCCGUUGUAUAGAAAUAGACCGAAGUGAUUGUGCCCCCAGAGAGUUCUUUUGAGGAAUGCAGGUGGAAAUGUAAGAAGAGUUUUGUCAGGGUGAGUGGUUCAUAGGUUUUUAAGAGGCGUAUGACAUUUUAAGAUGAUUUUGUGUGGUUUUGCAGCACAACUGUCCUGUGGGGAAUGUGGACUUGCAGGGGAGGACAGCUCUACAUGACGCUGGUGAGAAACAGUUUGAAUUUCUCCCUUACCCUCAUCUCCUCUCCUCUGUCAUUACAGUAGAUGCCUUUUACUUUUCUGCUUUCUCUAAUUUGGUGUAAUGAGCUACCCAAGAGAUCCUGAUGAACACUGGCAGACAGAUGUACACACCAGAGUCAGUACAGAGAUGUGCUUUGAAUAGACGAUUGACGACCCAAUGCAGUGUUACACUGUAUGACACUUACUUCACAUAGGAACAUGAUAGGUUUCUGAUAUAUUGAUAGGAACAUGAUAGGUUUCUGAUAUAUUGAUAGGAACAUGAUAGGUUUCUGAUAUAUUGAUAGGAACAUGAUAGGUUUCUGAUAUAUUGAUAGGAACAUGAUAGGUUUCUGAUAUAUUGAUAGGAACAUGAUAGGUUUCUGAUAUAUUGAUAGGAACAUGAUAGGUUUCUGAUAUAUUGAUAGGAACAUGAUAGGUUUCUGAUAUAUUGAUAGGAACAUGAUAGGUUUCUGAUUAUAUUGAUAGGAACAUGAUAGGUUUCUGAUAUAUUGAAACAUGAUAGGUUUCUGAUAAUUGAUGAUACAUGAUAGUCCUGAUGAACAUAUGGUCUGAUAGAUUGUAGAACAACGAUUGAUUAGAACAUGAUAGGUUCUGAUGUCCUGUGAUUAUAGACCAUGAUAGGUUCUAUGAUAGUAACUAUGAUAGUCCUAUAGGAACAUGAUAGGUUCCUGAUAGGAAUAUUAUAGGAACAUGAUGGGAUUCUGAUAAUUGAUAGGAACAUGAUAGGUUUCUGAGAACAUAUGUUCUGAUAAUUGAUAGACCAUGAUAGGUUGUUGAUAGACAUGAUAGUUCUGAUGGUGAUAGGAACAUGUAAUACAGUGAUUUGACGCAUAUAUUGUCCAGGUUGAUUUCAUCAAACAUUCGAUGGUCUUGGUAUGAGCGCAAACAUUAUAGCUAACGCUAUUAUGCUGAUCUACAUAUGUCGCCUGACUAGUCUGCUACUGAGGAAUACCAUUUCAUUUUCCUGAAUGUGCUCCACUUACUAUGCUUGAAGAGAUGAUGUAAUCUAUAAUAGAAGUGGCCUAUCAAUACUACAUGAGCCCAAUACGGAGUGAGCAAAGGCAAAUAUGAACACGCACAUCACCACAUUAUCUCUCUUUGUAGUGCUUUACUACAACAACAACAACAACUCCAAUACAGUGUGAUCACAUAUAGAUGCAUCUGUUGCACACACGUUUGUCCUUACCGUACCUCUGCAUGUGAGCGUGCCAGGGUGAACGCGUGCAGCACAGGAUCGAUUUCUCAUUACUAUACCAGUCUGAUACUGAGCUCUAUGCUCAUUACUAUACCAGUCUGAUACUGAGCUCUAUGCUCAUUACUAUACCAGUCUGAUACUGAGCUCUAUGCUCAUUACUAUACCAGUCUGAUACUGAGCUCUAUGCUCAUUAGUAUACCAGUCUGAUACUGAGCUCUAUGCUCAUUAGUAUACCAGUCUGAUACUGAGCUCUAUGCUCAUUACUAUACCAGUCUGAUACUGAGCUCUAUGCUCAUUACUAUACCAGUCUGAUACUGAGCUCUAUGCUCAUUAUAUACCAGUCUGAUACUGAGCUCUAUGCUCAUUACUAUAUACCAGUCUGAUACUGAGCUCUAUGCUCAUUACUAUACCAGUCUGAUACUGAGCUCUAUGCUCAUUACUAUACCAGUCUGAUACUGAGCUCUAUGCUCAUUACUAUAACCAGUCUGAUACUGAGCUCUAUGCUCAUUACUAUCCCAGUCUGAUACUGAGCUCUAUGCUCAUUACUAUACCAGUCUGAUACUGAGCUCUAUGCUCAUUACUAUACCAGUCUGAUACUGAGCUCUAUGCUCAUUAGUAUACCAGUCUGAUACUGAGCUCUAUGCUCAUUACUAUACCAGUCUGAUACUGAGCUCUAUGCUCAUUACUAUACCAGUCUGAACUGAGCUCUAUGCUCAUUACUAUACCAGUCUGAUACUGAGCUCUAUGCUCAUUACUAUACCAGUCUGAUACUGAGCUCUAUGCUCAUUACUAUACCAGUCUGAUACUGAGCUCUAUGCUCAUUAGUAUACCAGUCUGAUACUGAGCUCUAUGCUCAUUAGUAUACCAGUCUGAUACUGAGUCUAUGCUCAUUACUAUACCAGUCUGAUACUGAGCUCUAUGCUCAUUAGUAUACCAGUCUGAUACUGAGCUCUAUGCUCAUUACUAUACCAGUCUGAUACUGAGGUCUAUGCUCAUUACUAUACCAGUCUGAAACUGAGCUCUAUGCUCAUUACUAUACCAGUCUGAUACUGAGCUCUAUGCUCAUUACUAUACCAGUCUGAUACUGAGCUCUAUGCUCAUUACUAUAUCCAGUCUGAUACUGAGCUCUAUGCUCAUUACUAUACCAGUCUGAUACUGAGCUCUAUGCUCAUUACUAUACCAGUCUGAUACUGAGCUCUAUGCUCAUUAGUAUACCAGUCUGAUACUGAGCUCUAUGCUCAUUAGUAUACCAGUCUGAUACUGAGGUCUAUGCUCAUUACUAUACCAGUCUGAUACUGAGCUCUAUGCUCAUUAGUAUACCAGUCUGAUACUGAGCUCUAUGCUCAUUAGUAUACCAGUCUGAUACUGAGCUCUAUGCUCAUUACUAUACCAGUCUGAUACUGAGCUCUAUGCUCAUUAGUAUACCAGUCUGAUACUGAGCUCUAUGCUCAUUACUAUACCAGUCUGAUACUGAGCUCUAUGCUCAUUACUAUACCAGUCUGAUACUGAGCUCUAUGCUCAUUACUAUACCAGUCUGAUACUGAGCUCUAUGCUCAUUAGUAUACCAGUCUGAUACUGAGCUCUAUGCUCAUUACUAUACCAGUCUGAUACUGAGGUAUAUGCUCAUUACUAUACCAGUCUGAACUGAGCUCUAUGCUCAUUACUAUACCAGUCUGAUACUGAGCUCUAUGCUCAUUACUAUACCAGUCUGAUACUGAGCUCUAUGCUCAUUACUAUACCAGUCGAUACUGAGCUCUAUGCUCAUUACUAUACCAGUCUGAUACUGAGCUCUAUGCUCAUUACUAUACCAGUCUGAUACUGAGCUCUAUGCUCAUUACUAUACCAGUCUGAUACUGAGCUCUAUGCUCAUUAUAUACCAGUCUGAUACUGAGUCUAUGCUCAUUACUAUACCAGUCUGAUACUGAGCUCUAUGCUCAUUAGUAUACCAGUCUGAUACUGAGCUCUAUGCUCAUUAGUAUACCAGUCUGAUACUGAGCUCUAUGCUCAUUACUAUACCAGUCUGAUACUGAGUCUAUGCUCAUUAGUAUACCAGUCUGAUACUGAGCUCUAUGCUCAUUACUAUACCAGUCUGAUACUGAGCUCUAUGCUCAUUACUAUACCAGUCUGAUACUGAGCUCUAUGCUCAUUACUAUACCAGUCUGAUACUGAGCUCUAUGCUCAUUACUAUACCAGUCUGAUACUGAGCUCUAUGCUCAUUACUAUACCAGUCUGAUACUGAACUGAGCUCUAUGCUCAUUACUAUACCAGUCUGAUACUGAGCUCUAUGCUCAUUACUAUACCAGUCUGAUACUGAGCUCUAUGCUCAUUAGUAUACCAGUCUGAUACUGAGCUCUAUGCUCAUUACUAUACCAGUCUGAUACUGAGCUCUAUGCUCAUUAGUAUACCAGUCUGAUACUGAGCUCUAUGCUCAUUACUAUACCAGUCUGAUACUGAGCUCUAUGCUCAUUAGUAUACCAGUCUGAUACUGAGCUCUAUGCUCAUCAUUUUGAUGGCAAGGACCUGGAAUUCUUCAGGCUGUCCGUCUGCUUGAUGGUGUGAAAUAAUGAUGUUUUAUCUUUGUGUGUCCCAGUGAUGGCAGGCUGCUCCUCUAGCGUCAAACUACUGUGUGACAGCGGGGCCUCUGUAAACGCAAGUGAUUUUGUGAGUAUUGACGUCCAAUUCAUUCCCACCUAUAUGUCGAUCCUGUAGACAGGUCUACAUUUUAUUUAGUAAAAUGAAUUGCGCAGUAAUUCAACAGAAAAUCUAUCACUGUCUUGAUUGGGAUAAAAAUAAACGUUCAAUGCGAGUGUUGGGUUUUGUGAGGAGAAUACCAUUGUGGUGAGCAAAUAUUAACAUGCAGUCACACAUACAUUCUGUCCUUUGUAACGCUUUACAACAACAAAAACAACUCCAAUACAUUGUAAUUAUUAAUCACAUAUAGGUUGCAGCUGCUGCAGCACGUUUAUCCUUACCAGACUACUGUAGUAAGGAGCUAAUCAUCAGAGCCGUGAAUCACUAGCUCUGUUCUGUGUGUGUGUGUGUGUGUGUGUGUGUGUGUAACACUGCAGGAUGGGCGGACUCCUCUGGUGCUGGCUACGCAGAUGUGCCAUCCACACAUCUGCCAGCUGCUGCUGGAGCGAGGGGCCGACAUCGCCAUCCGUGACAAACAGAACAAGUAAGCCGGUCCACAAAGCAUCACACCUAGCUACUAAAUUAAAUGUAUUCAAAGCUUCACUUGUUAUUCAGUUACAGUAUGUAUUGAUGUGUCAGUGAUGCAUCUGUCUGGCCUCCAUACACUUCCUGUGCCUUGAAGCCUACUCUUCAAUACAUUUCAUUAUGGAUGCAAUUCAAUUAUUCAUGUCUGUCUCUCUCUGUGUGUGUGUGUUGUGGUGUGGUGUGUGUCCAGGACUGCUGUGAUCCUGGGCUGUGAGUAUGCGUGUAAGGACGCGGUGGAGGUCCUUCUGAAGAGCGGCGCUGACGUGACAGCCGUGGACGGCUUUGGUCACGACAGCUUCCACUACGCCCGCCACAGCAAGAACCAGGAGUUGGUCAGCCUUGUCAAGACAUACCUCGACAACGUCACCAAAGGUCAGAGCAUGGCUGUGUCCCGAAUAGACCCCUAGGACCUUUGCCCUAGGCACUCCUGUAGAUCUGAAAGGGUCGGGCUGAUUUAAGCAGUAUGGUAAUUGCUUCAACUUGCCUUCUGAUGGCUCAGUGGAGUAGGGGUUAGGAAGGUUAUAGAGAGAUUUGAAUUUCAGCACAUUUUUUAAGCCAUUAAUACCCGGCCCCACUUUCUUCAGCAAUGUACAUUGUACAAAUUUAGAAAUUCGGAAUAAAAAAAAACGCUGCAAGUAUUAUGAGUAAUAGAUGCUUGUCGCCCACUGUGAGGGCUGCCCUGUGGACAACUGAGGCCACAUUUAACUGUCAGCAAUGUUAAAAACUGUGAAACGCUGUUAAUCGACUUCAAAUACUAUAAUCACCGUCCAUGCCUGGUAGGGAGAGAGAGGUUUUCGUGUUUUUCUCUAUCCUUCAAAUGAUGUUUUCUUAGCCUCACUAGGGGGGAGACAGGAACAGCUUGCCCAGAAUUAAGAGGUUCUGAGAUGUUUCUAUCUGCUGUGUAGGCUGUAUCCCAGCCGGUGCCUCGGAAAUACAGAAACCACAGGAGACUGCCGAAAAACACCCAUUCAACCAGAAGAUCAAAAAGAGAGCAAGGAAUAAGUAAAAAAAUAACAUGUCUAUUGAAAAGCACCGGGUUAAAAAGUCAUGCCGUAGAGAAAGUACAGUUAUACACAGAAUGAAAUGGACUGGGAAAAAAUGUGCAGCAAAGGCAAAAUGUAGGAUUGUGCUUUUAGGGAAGGUAACCUGAGUUCAAGUGUGUCAGCUUUCUUCUUGUAGAGGGAAAGUAAGGUUGUUCAUUCAGCGUGGAGUGCGGCUUUGCAGAGUGAUGGCAGUGUUUUAAUGUGGGUUUUUAUCAAGGCUAUGUGAAAUAGAGCGAAUAAAAUGUCCCAACACAUCUCCUUCAUAUGUACUUUGUGUAUAGAGCCAUGCUUUUAUCAAAGGGCCCACUAAACUAGAACACUAGGUAAAGGGCCCACUAAACUAGAACACUAGGUAAAGGGCCCACUAAACUAGAACACUAGGUAAAGGGCCCACUAAACUAGAACACUAGGUAAAGGGCCCACUAAACUAGAACACUAGGUAAAGGGCCCACUAAACUAGAACACUAGGUAAAGGGCCCACUAAACUAGAACACUAGGUAAAGGGCCCACUAAACUAGAACACUGGGUAAAGGGCCCACUAAACUAGAACACUAGGUAAAGGGCCCACUAAACUAGAACACUAGGUAAAGGGCCCACUAAACUAGAACACUAGGUAAAGGGCCCACUAAACUAGAACACUAGGUAAAGGGCCCACUAAACUAGAACACUAGGUAAAGGGCCCACUAAACUAGAACACUAGGUAAAUUGCACCUAAUCAAAUUCCAUUCUAUAGUACUUUAGUCUACAUUUCUCAGAAACUAGAAUUGUCUGUUCUCCUAGUAUCUGGUGCACUAUCACCCAUUUGUACCCUUCUUAACAAUUAUCUUGUUGUGGCAAAUUGAUGUCCUUGGUUUCUGGGAAGCGGCUUUAGAUGGCUUCUUCGGAAUUCUCCCACCAACACCUGUUUGUUUUCAUGCUCAGUGCUGAUUUGAGAUUGGUUUCUCAUCAAGCCUUUAAAUCAUCAUUACUGUGGUAUAAUUUUUUCUUUUUUUUUCUUCAUAAAAUCUUUGUGCCUGAGUGUGAAAGUACUGUCCUUGUAUCACUUACAUUUACAUUUACAUUUACAUCAUUUAGCAGACGCUCUUAUCCAGAGCGACUUACAGUUAGUGAGUGAAUACAUUAUUUUAUUUUUCAUACUGGCCCCCCGUGGGAAUUGAACCCACAACCCUGGCGUUGCAAACGCCAUGCUCUACCAACUGAGCUACAUCCCUGCCGGCCAUUCCCUCCCCUACCCUGGACGAAGCUGGGCCAAUUAUGCGCCGCCCCAUGGGUCUCCCGGUCGCGGCCGGCUACGACAGAGCUUGGAUUCGAACCAGGAUCUCUAGUGGCACAGCUAGCACUGCGAUGCAGUGCCUUAGACUGACUCAGUCUCCUGAAUGACUUGGUUAUGAGAACGCAUACUGUAUAGAUGAAAUCCAAAACGAUAUGAGUGACGUGCUGCUCUGACGUGUGUAAACUGACCCUGUAGUCGUUUCUCUCAUUGUAUCUACAGCAAAAGAAGCUGCCAAGAUGGAGCAGAAAAAGCGACAGGUAACAACGCAGCACUCACUUUAAUUGCCAACCUUCAUACUGAUUUUUGUGCACGGAUAUUAACUAUCCAAUAUAAACCACACAUAUCUCCAAAGAAAAGAUCUCCUAGGGUAAUGCCUCCCUUUUUGAGCUGUUGAUUAGCCUGUAGUUGUUAUUGAGCGCGGUUAAGACCAUCAGAUGCAUGGUAAUGGCUUGACAUUUCAACUGUUAUUUCCUCUGGGUGAAUCCAUUGUUGAAAAGGUGAGCCGGCUCAUAGGCUUACCUGAUAGGCUUACCAAAGGUUUGACGUGACCACCAUCAAGCAAAUAGGAUGUUUUUUUUUUUAUUGAUUCUGUUAACACUUCCCCAUCAAGGCACUUCCUGGGUCAUGUGUUCUGUAAACAUGGAGCGAUAGAGGGCAUCUGUGACUUCUGAACGAGCCGAUACCAAAAUGUCACUAAAGUUCAGUUUCUGCUCUAUUGAAUCUGACCACAUUCGCCACUCCAUUGAUUUAAUAUUGAAUAGAGAUCAAAAUCACUGUUGUGUUGAAGGUGUUUGCUUAAUUGGGUGUUAUCAUACGGUAAACAGUGAGUUGUCAUGUUUUGCACUGUUUCCUAUGGAGGCCAAGUGACUCACGCUCCGACAUUCAGUUGGACAUUACUGCCACCUAGUGACAAGAUGGAUAAUCGCAGUUCAUUUCAUAAUGUGACUACCGCCAGAGAAACUGCAUAUAAGGACACCUCUUCCUCUCUGCUACCACUAGCCAUCAAGUAACACCCCCCCCCCCCCCCUCCUCCUCCCCCCCCCCCCCCCCCCCCCCACCCCACCCCACCCCCCACACCCUGGUCAGUCAUGGCUAAAUGAUAACCUGUGUCUCCACAGCACUCAGUAGAGAUGACUGAACAGGCUGAAGCCAACAUGAGGGUGAGUGCUAUUUUCUACAUUGAGUUUGACCUCAUAGUGCUUUGUGAUGGACAGGGAUGUAAUUACCUGGUCUGAAUGUGAGGAUACAUACGUUUAAAAAAAUUAUGCGCACAUGACUGUAAGUCGCUUUGGAUAAAAGCGUCUGCUAAAUGGCAUAUUAUUAUAAUUAUUAAAGCGAGAUAUACCCAGCAGUAUGUAGGGGAAUCUAUAGGCUGGGCUGAGCAUCAGCGUGACAUGAUUCUACAAUGUCCAGGAUAAGUGAAGGUACUAGUGAAUUUAUGUUGGAUCUAUUUAAACAGAUCUAUAGAUGUGUGUUUCCAACUCAGCGGUUACUGUCCACCUGAGAUUGGAAGGUUGGGGGUUCGAUCCCCGGUCAAGUCAUACCAAAGACUCUAAAAAUGGGACAUGAUGCCGCUCUGCUUGGCACUCAACAUUAAGGAGAUGGAUUGGGGUAAAGGCGUCCGCAUGCUUCCCAGUUCGGAAGAGUUCGGAAGAGUUUGUGCAUAUAUUAUGAUGACAUUUUGUGACGUUUGUUAGUUUUGAAAUUCGGUAAGGGUUUUUUCCAACUGUUCGGGCACACUAAUUGUUUUCUAGAGGCAAGCCGAAGUUCGGAGACGAAAUCUACGCUCCUUCGUCGGUGAUUGGUCAACAGUAGGGAUUCUUCAAUAAAGUUUUUGUCAUUCAACGAGAGACGACUCGUUUUCAUUGAGAAAUACUGAAAUACUGCACCAAACAUCUUAGUUAGAUGUAAAGGUAUUUUAUUUUUUGUACUUUUACCAAUUUUUCUCCCCAAUAUCGUGAUAUCCAAUUGGUAGUUAGUCUUGUCCCAUCGCUGCAACUCCUGUAUGGACUCGGGAGAGGUGAAGUUCGAGAGUCAUGCGUCCUCCGAAACACAAACCUGCCAAGCCGCAUGCUUCUUGACACACUGCUCGCUUAACCCGGAAGCCAGCCGCACCAAUGUGUCGGAGGAAACACAGUACAACUGGCGACCAAAGUCAGCUUGCAGGCGCCCGGCCUGCCACAAGGAGUCGCUAGAGCGCGAUGGGACAUGGACAUCCCGAUGCAGUGCCUUAGACCGCUGCACUACUCGGGAGGCCACCGAAGGUCUUUUUUAAGGGAGUGUCCGAGCACACUCGUUCGGUUAGGGUAGCCAAGUUCGGCCGAACUGAAGCAUGCUCACGCCUUAAGACCAUGGGACAGACUAGCAUCCUGCCCAGGGGGUAUACUUGUACUUCAAGCUAAUCUCAUGCUACAGAAACAUUUGGUAGGAUCCUUCCCUAUGGGCUGUUCUGGCUCAGGGGAAGGCUUACUUAGAUUUGUGUGAUUUGAUUUGGAUUGUGACUUCUAAUGGUGUGACGUUUGUCAGGACCUGGAGAGACAGAAUGAGAGCCAGCAGGAGACUCUGAGGAAGUUUCACCUGGAGCAGAGGGCUCUGAUGGACAAGGUUACCCUACUGCAGCAGCAGCUCAGUCAGGUGUACACACACACACACACACACACACACACACACACACAGACUCACACUCACACACACACACACACACACACACACACACACACACACACACACACACACACACACACACACACACACACACACACACACACACACACACACACACAGAUCACACACACACUCAGACACACACACACUCACACACACACCACACUCAGACACACACACACACACACACACACACACACACUCACACUCACACUCACACUCACACAGACUCACACUCACACUCACAGAGAGAAAGUAGUGUAGACAACUUCUAGACUAACACGGAAGGUCACUGAGAAGGGAAUCAAACAGUUUGUGCUUCAAGAAAAACAUAAGGACUUGGCCGGUGACAGGUACUCUAUAUGGUAAUGAGUUGUUUAUCAAACCCUCUGAUACUUAACUUUGUAAUUCUCUAUAUCUCCCCCGCAGGAAAAGCAUACUGUGGAAAGCAUCCAUAAAGAGGUAAGGACAGCCAGAACUCCAUUGCUUGGGGUGGGAAGAAAAGAUGGAAGGUUUCACCUAUAGAUUAGAGAGAUGAAUUAGCAUCCCUGUUUGUUUGUGGGUGUUUUGAGUGCAGUGUGAAUGUCGAACUAGUCGAUUGGAUACCGUGCCAUGGCUCUAUUCAUCUGAAAGUUAUUGUCCUCAAAUGCAACUAAAGUUGCAAAGCUGUUGAUCUGCUCUAAAGCUCCACGUUGUGUUUGUGCUGCGUCAGAGGGAACAGCUGAAGCUCUUACUGAGUGCCAAAGACCGGGAGGAGGGGGCUCGGGCCCCGGAGACUGUCAAGGUUCAGCUCAGGAGCCACAUGGUGAGGGACCACUGCCAAAUGCCAACCCUGUUACAGCAUAUGAACUCAUCAUGGGGUUUUACAUCAUCAUCAUAAUAAUAAUAAUAAUAAUAAUAAGAGUUCCUCUUAGGUUGUCUAAGGUUAUGUGAACAUACCGUAUGUUAUGUGUUUUCAGGGGGACUACUCUGGCCAGUCGGUUAUUAAAGGUGAGGGAGCUCUCUUUAAUUUUGAGAUAUCAAAGAACAGGACAUACAAUUGGAGGACUUGGAAAUAAAAAAGACAUCUUCUGAAUCAUCUCUAUUUGUUCUGGCAGGAAAAGACAACUUCCUCGUCAAACAAUCUCACAGCCUGGAUUCAGCGCAGGUAAACCAGACUUCCUCGUUUUUUUCUGGAGCAUUAUGGUCCGCAAUGACAAGAAAACCGUCAUACAGUAUUAAACUCACAGACCAUAUCUGCUGUGUAUUCUAGUCCAGUCAGCCACCAUGAGCUUAUCAGCUCUCUGACAGCCAAAUAACCGAUUUAGUUCUCAUUUCGUACGGUCAGCUGUCUGCCCCUCAGCAAAUGAAAGAUCUAUGAUUUAUUCUCUUAAACCGCUGCAGGUAUUUUUUUUACAGUUUGGGCUCAACUUUGAAAUUGAUAUUUUUUUCUCAUAUUGUAGCCUUCACAUCCUCUCAGUAUUCUCUCUCGUGUCGCUAUAGUGGAACUGACUUUUUUUUCAAGUCAGCUCUGACUGCAAAACCAAUAUUGAACUGACACUGCUGUGAGAAAUGGGUGUGUGAAGUGUGUGUGUGUGUGUGUGUGUGUGUGUGUAAAUUGAACAAAUCAAUCCACACACGUGAAACUUUUCUUCCUGCUGUAGGUGCUGCAGUCGUCCGGUCUGUCGCACUCACUGUCCCGUCCCCUGGAGCUUGGGGGGCAUCCUGGCGUGACCUGGGACCCAGUCGAGGAGGUGGAGGCCCUGCGGCGCGAGUUGGAGACUGUGAGGAGGCGGCAGCAGACUGCCGAGGAGGAGGCCCUCCGCCUGCAGGCGGCGCUGGCACGCAAGAGCCAGGAGUGCCAAGAGCUGGCCCAGAGCCGGGAGACUAUCCAGCGGCAGGCGGACCGACAGGUCCAGGAGCUGGAGGAGGCCCUGGGGGACGUUCAGAAGAGGAUGCUGGACUCUGAAGCCAAGGUCAAGCAGCUCCAGGCCCACGUGGUGGCGGUCAAGGAGCACCUAGGAGGCCAGGCGGCCGACGAGCUCCGCGCCCAGCUCCACGAUGUCAAGGCCAAGUACGAGGGCGCCUCGGCCGAGGUGGGGCGCGUGCGUAACCACCUGAAGCAGAGUGAGAAGGCCCUGGAGGAGUACAAGAGCAGCGAGGGCCAGCUGGCAGUGGAGGCAGAGCGUCUGGGCCAGGAGCUGAAAGCCUUGCGGGAGGAGAGGGACGAGCUGGCAGGGGCUCUGCUGGACAUGGAGGCCCUCAUCAAGGAGACCCAGGCACAGAAGGUUGUGCCGGCAGAGAAGUUCGACAACAUGAAGAACCUGCUGAGCAAUGCAGUGGAUGAGAAGGAGCGUCAGCUGGCAGAGCUGCGGGAGGACUACGACCGCAUGCUGGAGGAGGUGGCUGAGCUACACAGGGAAAUGGACAACCAGCCAGCCCAGGCCGGGACAGGAGCGAUCCCCCUGCAGGAGCAUGAGAGGAUGAGGACGACCCUGGAGGAACAGAGUUCCUCCCUGAAGAGGAGGCUGGCGGACGUAACUGCCAAGAGCCAGGCGCUGAUCCGCCAGGUAGAGGAGAGCGAGGAGGAGCGGGAGACUCUCCAGGAGCAGCUGGAGGAGCUCAACAGCAGGGUGGAGGCCAACUUCAUCCCCCUCAAGGACCACGAAGAGGCCAAGAGCGCCCUGGAGAGAGCUGUGGAGGAACUGGAGGAGAGGCUGGUGGAGGCCGCAGAGAGGAACGGCCAGGCCGAGGUGCAGAUCCAGAGGCUGCAAACGGAGAGGGUCACCCUGUGUGAGAGCGUCACCAGCCUGCAGAGCGCUACCGUGCCCUCCGAGAAGUUCCAGAGCGAAGUGGGAGCCCUGAAUGCUCGCAACGCUGAACUGGUGAAGGAACUGGAAGUGCUCCAGAAGAGGUUUGAAGAGCGAGAGAAGGAGCUGGGCCAGGUCACCGCCAAGAACCAGUCUCUGAAACAGAGCCUAAAUGGAGAGUAUGUGUCCAGAGAGAAACACGAGCAAGUGAAUACGGAGCUGAGUAAUGCUUUGGAGAAGGCCAAGGCUGAGCUCUCCAAACUGGAGAAGGAGGGCAGAGAAAGUGAGGAAGAGUUGCAGAAGGUGAAAGAGGGUAGUGCAGAGUUGAAAGAGAAGCUGGAGAAUGUUCAGGUGAUGAUAGAAAAUGACUAUGUGUGCCUUAUAGACCAUGAAGCUAUAAGGGUUAAGUUGAGCAAUGCUGUUGUUGAGGCGGAGUGUCGGGCAAAAGAGGCGUUAGCAAGCUACCAGUCUGCCCAAGAUGAGACAGUAAAGCUUCACCAAGAAAUGGAGGCGCAGAAGAAAGAACUAGACACCAUCCAGGAAGCUAUCCAGUCCAAGUUUGUCCCGUUGACCGCCAUAGAGGAGAGAGAGAACUCCUACAACACCAAGCUAAAAGACUUGACAGGAAAGCUCUCGGAGAUGCAAGAGAAGUACAACCAGGAGAAGUCGGAGGGGGAACGUCACAAGCAGGAGAAAGAGAAACUGAAAGUGCAGAUGGAGUCUGUGCAGCAGAGAAUGGAGACCGGCUUUGUCGCCAGUGAAAAGCACAAGGAGGUGGAAGAUGAAUAUAGGGGUAAAAUGGAGGAGCUGAGUCUGAGGUUGGUGGACCUGGAGCAGCAGUACAAAGAUGUCACUGUGCAGAGGGCAGAACUGGAGGAGCAGAACGCCCUGUGUAACACUGACAUCCAGAGCCUGCAGCAGCGCCUGGAAUCCGAGUCGGCCCGGCUGGAACACUACGAGGCCGAGCACCGAGCCCUGAGGGGCACCAUCCACCAAGCCCAGGACCAGUGCCAGAAAGCCAGGGAGGCCCAGCGUGGAGAGGCCCAGAAGGCCUGCGCCUUGGAGAAGGAGCUCCAGGGAUGCUCCGGGGACCAGGCCGUCCUCCUGCAGCAGCAUGCCCAGGCCAAGGAGGCCCUGGAGGGGCAGGUGGCGCAGCUACUCGCUUCCCUUCGCCAGGAGCAGGAGACCAGCGCCCAGAGGGCCAAGAACGUGGCAGCCCUGCAGUUGGAACUGCUCCAGGCCACCCAGGCCCUGGAGGAACUCGGAGGAAGAGAGGACCAGUUGAGCCAGCUGAAUGCCGAGAAGCAACGUCUGGAGGAUGAGACGGUGGCGCUGGGCGAGAGGUUAUCUGCGCUGGCGGAGCAGUGCGAGGUGCUCCACCGUGAGGUGGCCCAGGCCAGGGAGGACAAGGCCGGGGCCAGGGUGGAAACUGAGGCCCUGCAGGAGAAGAGCGACGCCAUGGAUAGGGAGAUCCGGGAGCUGAAGGAGAGGUAUGAGGAGUCGCUCAGCACCAUCGGGGAGUUCCAGAGGAGGAUCCAGAUGUCGGCGGAGCAGACUGAGGUCAAAGACAAGAAGGUAGGAGAAAUAUUCAGCAUUGAAUUGUUGGCCAUUUAAUAUAAAUAAAAUCAACCUAAAUGUAUGUGGUAAAAGUACGGUAGUAAUUACAUUUGGUAAGAUCUCAAUUUCUCCGUUUUUAGUUUUUCUGGCAAUACUUUGGUACUUUGAUAUGAGGUUUUCUAAAUAUGUAGAUGGUUAUGUAUAUUCUGGUGCUAACAGCUUUGUGUGUGUUUCAGAUCACCGAGCUGUUGACAGACGUGGAGAGACUGAAGCAGGCCCUGAAUGGUCUGUCCCAGCUGGCAUACGCCAGCAACGCCGCGCCCAAUAAGAGACAGAUGCAGCACGUCGACACACUCCAGGCCCAGAUCAAGAGCCUGCAGCAGCAGCUGGCUGUGAGUGUACACACUCACUCUCUCUCACACACACACACAUAUACAGUGAGGGAAAAAAGUAUUUGAUCCCCUGCUGAUUUUGUAUGUUUGCCCACUGACAAAGAAAUGAUCAGUCUAUAAUUUUAAUGGUAGUUUUAUUUGAACAGUGAGAGACAGAAUAACAACAGAAAAAUCCAGAAAAACGCAUGUCAAAAAUGUUAUAAAUUGAUUUGCAUUUUAAUGAGGGAAAUAAGUAUUUGACCCCCUCUCAAUCAAUCAAAAGAUUUCUGGCUCCCAGGUGUCUUUUAUACAGGUAACGAGCUGAGAUUAGGAGCACACUCUUAAAGGGAGUGCUCCUAAUCUCAGCUUGUUACCUGUAUAAAAGACACCUGUCCACAGAAGCAAUCAAUCAAUCAGAUUCCAAACUGUCCACCAUGGCCAAGACCAAAGAGCUCUCCAAGGAUGUCAGGGACAAGAUUGUAGACCUACACAAGGCUGGAAUGGGCUACAAGACCAUCGCCAAGCAGCUUGGUGAGAAGGUGACAACAGUUGGUGCGUUUAUUCGCAAAUGGAAGAAACACAAAAUAACUGUCAAUCUCCCUCGGCCUGGGGCUCCAUGCAAGAUCUUGCAAGAGUUGCAAUGAUCAUGAGAACGGUGAGGAAUCAGCCCAGAACUACACGGGAGGAUCUUGUCAAUGAUCUCAAGGCAGCUGGGACCAUAGUCACCAAGAAAAUAAUUAGUAACACACUAUGCCGUGAAAGACUGAAAUCUUGCAGCGCUCGCAAGGUCCCCCUGCUCAAGAAAGCACAUAUACAGGCCCGUCUGAAGUUUGCCAAUGAACAUCUGAAUGAUUCAGAGGAGAACUGGGUGAAAGUGUUGUGGUCAGAUGAGACCAAAAUCGAGCUCUUUGGCAUCAACUCAACUCGCCGUGUUUGGAGGAGGAGGAAUGCUGCCUAUGACCCCAAGAACACCAUCCCCACCGUCAAACAUGGAGGUGGAAACAUUAUGCUUUGGGGGUGUUUUUCUGCUAAGGGGACAUGACAACUUCACUGCAUCAAAGGGACGAUGGACGGGGCCAUGUACCAUCAAAUCUUGGGUGAGAACCUCCUUCCCUCAGCCAGGGCAUUGAAAAUUAGUUGUGGAUGGGUAUUCCAGCAUGACAAUGACCCAAAACACACGGCCAAGGCAACAAAGGAGUGGCUCAAGAAGAAGCACAUUAAGGUCCUGGAGUGGCCUAGCCAGUCUCCAGACCUUCAUCCCAUAGAAUAUCUGUGGAGGGGGCUGAAGGUUCGAGUUGCCAAACGUCUGGCUCGAAACCUUAAUGACUUGGAGAAGAUCUGCAAAGAGGAGUGGGACAAAAUCCCUCCUGAGAUGUGUGAAAACCUGGUGGCCAACUACAAGAAACGUCUGACCUCUGUCAUUGCCAACAAGGGUUUUGCCACCAAGUACUAAGUCAUGUUUUGCAGAGGGGUCAAAUACUUAUUUCCCUCAUUAAAAUGCAAAUCAAUUUAACAUUUUUGACAUGCGUUUUCUGGAUUUUUGUUGUUGUUAUUCUGUCUCUCACUGUUCAAAUAAACCUACCAUUAAAAUUAUAGACUGAUCAUGUCUUUGUCAGUGUGCAAACGUACAAAAUCAGCAGGGGAUCAAAUACUUUUUUCCCCUCACUGUACACACACACACACACACACUGCAGAUGUAGUGGUUGGUAGCCAGUUGGAGCUAACCUAGCGUUUCUGUGACAUUGCCCUUUAUUUGACAGUUUAAAAAAUACAUACACACAGAACAUACCUGUACAUUUGAAAACUCGUCAGGGAUGACACAAAGUCAAUGACUUAUUUCUGUUGUGGUCCCUUAGAGUGUGAAGCUGUAACCGUUUACUUGCCUACAUAGUGACAUUCAUACUUAAUUGUAUUGCCAUUUAUACUCAUGGUGUCAUGUCAAUAUGCUGCCCUAACGCCAUAAUCAUUCACUCAGUACUCUCUGCAUCUAAACAUAAUGGGUCUCUUUAGUAGGGACGAAAGCUUUUUUCAGUCCACCGUUAGUUACCGAUUAUGGGAUGUCAUCAUCAUUUGUUAAUUACCUUGAUAACAUAGAGGUUUGGUCCAGACAUGAUUGAUCCUCCUCCCACAUUAUUGGAAAUGAACCCAUUCCCUGUGGCUAUAUCAGUACGUCAGAAAAUCUGUGUCAAUGCUCUUACAGUGCAUACAAAAUACUAUUAGUCAGUCGUAUAAUUACAGUAACACUCUCGGUGUGGUAUUACAGCCGAUUUGCCCCUGAGCUGGAAACUAUGCGAGGCUGAACAAAACAAACGUCUGUGCACCUGAUUUUCAACGACGGCAUCCGUCUUCUUCUCUGUCUUCACUUUGAGCCUUUUAAAAUGAUGGAGGCAGAGAAUGAACUGGUGUAGCGGCUAGCCAGAACCCAGACGAAAAGAAAAUGAGAUCCAGAGGCCGAGACGCAUCUUAGAAUCCUGAAAACGUCAUUACUCAUGCUCUGAAUGGAACCCACGGCCGGGUCCACAUGUUGAUUUGGAGCUCGCGCUCUUGGCUCUUUCGUUCGAGGUUGGCAAAACUUCAGGAAAAUAUGGAUGCCAUCUAUUUUGCUGUAAGAAACGGGCGUAUUUCUGAGGUGCGUGAUAAGGUGGAGCCAGGUCAGCACAAAGUGGGCCUGUACUCAUCACGUCUCUCUCUCUUUCCCUCUCUUCUCACAGGAUGCUGAGAGUCAACACAGAGAGGUGGUUUCAAUCUAUAGAACUCAUCUCCUCAGUGCAGCACAGGUCAGUUUGUGUGGAUAUGUCAGUGUGUGUGAUUUCUUUCUAGUUAAAGUAAAAUAUAACACACAGGCCCCCCUGGCAUCUCUUGCACUUUUGUUGCCCAGGAACUUCCUGAAGACAAAAAAAUAAAUAUAUAUUGAUAUGUCGUGGUGUGUGUUUUCUAGUUAAGUAAAAAUAAAAAGGUGGAUUUUGACAUUUUGUGCCUAAAUGCUGAGACAAAACAAGUAUAGUAUGGCCAUAGCUAAUAUGUAACUGUAACUGUAGACGGCCAUACCACUGUGAGACACUAAUAUAAAUGUGCUGCUGUGGUUACAUCAAAGUGACUGGCCCAUAGCCAAUGCUGACGACACCAGUAAGAUGGCCAUAGCCCACACUGCUGACGACACCAGUAAGACUGGCCAUAGCCCACACUGCUGACGACACAGUAAGACUGGCCCAUAGCCCACACUGCUGACGACACCAGUAAGACUGGCCCAUAGCCCACACUGCUGACGACACCAGUAAGACUGGCCCAUAGCCCACACUGCUGACGACACCAGUAAGACUGGCCCAUAGCCCACACUGCUGACGACACCAGUAAGACUGGCCCAUAGCCCACACUGCUGACGACACCAGUAAGACUGGCCCAUAGCCCACACUGCUGACGACACCAGUAAGACUGGCCCAUAGCCCACACUGCUGACGACAGCCAGUAAGACUGGCCCAUAGCCCACACUGCUGACGACACCAGUAAGACUGGCCCAUAGCCCACACUGCUGACGACAGCAGUAAGACUGGCCCAUAGCCCACACUGCUGACGACACCAGUAAGACUGGCCCAUAGCCCACACUGCUGACGACACCAGUAAGACUGGCCCAUAGCCCACACUGCUGACGACACCAGUAAGACUGGCCCAUAGCCCACACUGCUGACGACACCAGUAAGACUGGCCCAUAGCCCACACUGCUGACGACACCAGUAAGACUGGCCCAUAGCCCACACUGCUGACGACACCAGUAAGACUGGCCCAUAGCCCACACUGCUGACGACACCAGUAAGACUGGCCCAUAGCCCACACUGCUGACGACAGCAGUAAGACUGGCCCAUAGCCCACACUGCUGACGACACCAGUAAGACUGGCCCAUAGCCCACACUGCUGACGACAGCAGUAAGACUGGCCCAUAGCCCACACUGCUGACGACACCAGUAAGACUGGCCCAUAGCCCACACUGCUGACGACAGCAGUAAGACUGGCCCAUAGCCCACACUGCUGACGACACCAGUAAGACUGGCCCAUAGCCCACACUGCUGACGACAGCAGUAAGACUGGACUGGCCCUUAGCCCACACUGCUGCCAUAACUGUGAAAUACGGGACAAGUGGAUCAUCUCAAGCCCAUUGUUAUUGUUGUUUCUCCCAGGGUCACAUGGAUGAGGACGUCCAAGCCGCCCUGCUGCAGAUCAUCCGCAUGAGACAGGAGUUUGUCUGCUAAAAGUCCAUUCAGCAACAACAAAACACUAUCCGCUGACUCAAAUCCACCAUUCACACAGCCCUAGCUACGGAGCACCCCCGCUGUGGCCCCUGUGGGCGCCUGGCGAGUGUGUGCCCGUGUGUGUUCAGAUUGUGUGUGUUGGGUGUGGGAAGAGAUCCAUCUUAGUAUUCAUACAUAACCCUCCCUAUAUGCCUAGAUUUGUUUUGUGUGUUUCAACAGAACUAAGACCAAGUGUUGUGGGUGGACAUAGAUAUACAGUAGAUGGAGGGUA